AUGUCUGAGUUUCAUCCUAUUAGUCUAUGCAAUGUCAGCUACAAGAUUAUCUCCAAACUACUAUCAAAAUGGCUCAAGAGGUUUUUCCCUGACCUGAUUUCAGAGACCCAAUCAGCUUUUGUCGCACGCCGUUUGAUCACUGACAACAUUCUGCUAGCACAAGAGAAUUUUCAUGCUCUACGGACAAAUACCAGGGCUCGAGAAGAAUUUAUGGCCAUCAAGACAGACAUGAGUAAAGCAUAUGACAUGAUUGAAUGGAGUUUUAUUCGAUCAUUGAUGCUUCGUUUGGGUUUUGCGGAAAAAUUGGUGGACCUCUUGAUGUUUUGUGUUACAUCGGUCCCCUACCAGGUGAUAAUUAAUGGAGAACCAAGGGGAAGAAUUACACCCACGAGAGGUUUGAGGCAGGGUGAUCUGUUAUUCCUUUUCCUCUUCAUUUUGUGCACUGAAGCUCUGAUCUCCCUCCUUCAAGGAGCGGAAGAGGAGAAGCGCAUCCUAGGACUUCGUGUCGCCCGAGCCAGCCCCAGAAUCUCACAUCUCCUAUUUGCGGAUGAUAGUCUCUUUUUUUUCAAGGCAGAAGUAAGACAGUGCAAGGAAAUUCUAGAUAUUUUGGAAUCUUAUGGAAAGGCUUCGGGACAACAACUUAACGCGUAUAAGUCGUCGAUCAUCUUUGGGAAUAAAGUCGACCAUAAUGUUAAGCAAGAUAUUAAACGUGCUCUUGGGAUUACUACUGAAGGAGGGAUGGGCAAAUCCCUUGGACUGCCAGAGCAAAUUUGUGGUUCAAAGAUGAAAGUUUUUUCCUAUGUACAGGAUCGCCUCAAUGGAUGCGUCACCUCGUGA